UUAUAUAAAGGUACAAAGGUACCUACAUUAUUAUUAGAUAAUACUAUAACAAAGUUAAUAUUUGGACCAAAGUUCAAUAAGAUACUUACACCAGGUGUAUUCCCAACAAGUAUUACAUACUUGGAGUUUGGUAAAGGUUUCAAAAAAUCAUUGGUACCAGGUGUAUUCCCAUCCUCUCUCACUACAUUGUUAUUCAACAAAUCAUCAACAUUCAAUAGAGUAUUGGAGGUUGGAGUACUACCUGAAUCACUUCAGAUAUUACAAUUAGGUCAUUAUUAUAAUCAGGAGAUCGAACUUAAUGUCCUACCACAAUCAUUGGUCAAGUUAUUAUUCAGUCAGAACUCAUUAUAUAAUCUUCCAAUUAAACAUGGAGUAUUGCCAUCAUCACUUCAAGUACUCAAUCUUGGAUACACAUUCAACUCUAUCAUCGAGGAUAAUGUAUUACCUCAAUCAAUAAUCGAUUUAGCAUUGAGCACUUUAUUCAGUCAUCCAUUGACAAUCAACAACUUACCUAGGUCAUUAACAAAACUUAUGAUAGGACAUAGUUUUGAUCAUACACUUGCACCUGGAACACUUCCCAUCACUCUCAUCGAAAUAUGUAUGGGAAAGUAUAUAAAUUGGAACCCUCAUAAUUAUAUAGAAUUGACAUUACAACCUGGACUACUACCAAGCUCUUUGACCAAGUUUGAGUUGCUCUCUGGAGACUACCAACCCAGGAUGGUUCCUGGUACAUUUCCAAACACCCUAACUAGUUUGACAUUUGAUCUAUUCUCCAAACCGUUGGAGGUUGGAUUCCUUCCAAGUUCACUUACAUAUCUUGAUUUUGGUCGAGUAUUCAAUAGACCUAUUGAUUCUUUGAGGACAAUGGUUUAUGAACCAGAUCAUCCAGAGGGUGUAUAUAGAACUACAUUGCCAAAUCUUCAAUCAUUAGUUUUAGGAAGUCGAUUCAACAACCCAAUACUUGAAGGUGUCUUUGGACUAUCUUUGACAUAUAUUGAGAUUGGCUGGGCAUUCAAUUUUCCAUUGAUACCAGGAGUAUUACCUUCAUCUUUAAAGAAAUUGAUACUUGGAGAUUCAUUCAAUUAUGCUCUUGACCAAGAUGUUUUGCCUCCAUCACUUAAAUCAUUAGCAAUAGGUAGAAAGUUUAAAAGACAAACCAACUUUAGAAAGUUAGAUAGUAUGACAAUACAUUCAUUCCAACACCUCAAAUUGAUUGAUUUCAAAGCCAAAGAUCUAACUCUAACUAGUGUCCACAUGAAUAAGGAAGUUCCUACUUUGUUGGAGAAAUUCAGAUCAAUCAAUAUUUAUAGUCAAGAUACAUAUAGGCAAACUACAUUUCUAUUUCGACAAAUGGUCGAGUUUCUUAAGUACCUGAUUUUGUCAAUACCAAACUCAUCUAAUUAUUGUCUCAAUCUCUAUACUCUGAUGACUUGGAAAUAUUCGAUCAGUGUUCGUAAGCUAGACAACUUCCGUUCGAUUCUAGUAUUCAAGAAGACCAAACUAGAUAAUAUGAAUCCUCUAGAUGUUGAACAAACUGUACAUAUUUUUACAUUGGAUAUGGUUGGAGUAAAAGAUGAAUACUUUAAUAAUAUCAAUGGACAGAUGACAAGAGAACUAGAUUCAUUGGGAGCUAUUGUAUCUGAACAGAGAGAACAAUUAGUAUUACUUCGACAAUCAAAUAAAAUCUCUACAUCAAAUAAUAAUAAAGGAAGUCGAACAACAAAGAGAACACAAGUCAAUGACAUCAUUGAAGGUGAUACAUCCCGAGACAAGAGAAGAAAG